AUGGAAACUGAUGAGAUUAUAGAUAAGUCUCUAAAAAGUCGUGAUAGAUCUCAAGUAUGUGAGGAUUUUGUUUGUGCUUCUCAAACAUGGUUAAGCAAAAUAAAGAGGCUAAGUAUAUUAAAGGGUGUUUUUGGUGAGACUAAUCAGUGUGAAUUAGUUGGUUUUAUUUCAUAUGCUUUAGCCUUUCCUGAUAACUUUCUAGCUCUUGUAGACACAUAUGAUGUAAUGAAGAGUGGUGUUCCUAACUUCUGUGCAGUGGCUCUAGCACUAAAUGAUCUGGGGUAUAAAGCAAGGGGUAUUCGGUUGAAUUCCGGUGAUCUUGCGUAUCUUUCAUGUUGUCUAUGAACGUGUACGAAACGAGAUGUGUGGGGAAAUGGAUGCUAAAGGUGCCGAAAUGGAAGUUAAACAUCAACAAAUGCGUGAGGAAAUGGAUGCCAAAGCUGCAGUAAUAGAUGCCAAACAACAACAAAUUUAUGCAAAAUAUGAAGCAAUGGAGAAGAUGUAUGCA